CGCAGUGACGCGGCGGGCGGCGGGGAGGGACGGCAGGGGCGCCGGCGGGCAGACCCGGAGGAAGGUCGGGGCCAUGGGCCCGCGCUGCGCCUCCAGAGGGUCCGGCCACUGCUGGAACCCGAGACUGGGGCCGGGGGCGCUAGCCCCGUCCGCCCCCGCCCGUACCGGGUGAGGGGUGCCCGCCCUAAACUAGAGGCGGAGCGGAGGCCGCGCGCGGCCGGCAGAGCACCUUCAGGAUGCUCAUCAAGGAGUACCACAUUCUGCUGCCCAUGAGCCUGGAUGAGUACCAGGUGGCCCAGCUCUACAUGAUCCAGAAAAAGAGCCGGGAGGAGUCGAGUGGUGAGGGCAGUGGUGUGGAGAUCCUGGCCAACCGGCCCUACACAGAUGGGCCCGGCGGCAGCGGGCAGUACACACACAAGGUGUACCACGUGGGCUCCCACAUCCCAGGCUGGUUCCGGGCACUGCUGCCCAAGGCUGCCCUGCAGGUGGAAGAGGAAUCCUGGAAUGCCUAUCCUUACACCCGAACACGGUACACCUGCCCCUUUGUGGAGAAAUUCUCCAUUGAAAUAGAGACGUAUUACCUGCCUGAUGGGGGGCAGCAGCCGAAUGUCUUCAACCUGAGUGGAGCUGAGAGGAGACAGCGCAUCCUGGACACCAUUGACAUCGUGCGGGAUGCAGUGGCCCCAGGAGAAUACAAAGCAGAAGAGGACCCCCGGCUAUACCGCUCAGCCAAGACUGGCCGAGGACCGCUGGCUGAUGACUGGGCGCGCACAGCGGCCCAAACAGGGCCCCUCAUGUGUGCCUAUAAGCUGUGCAAGGUCGAGUUCCGCUACUGGGGCAUGCAGGCCAAGAUUGAGCAGUUCAUCCAUGAUGUCGGUCUGCGUCGGGUGAUGCUACGGGCCCACCGCCAGGCCUGGUGCUGGCAGGAUGAAUGGACAGAGCUCAGCAUGGCUGACAUCCGGGCGCUGGAGGAAGAGACCGCCCGCAUGUUGGCACAGCGCAUGGCCAAGUGCAACUCGGGCAGUGAGGGGCCGGAGGCCCAGGCCCCUGGGAAGCCUAGUGUUGAGGCCCGGGCCGCGGCCAGCCAUGCCGGCACCCCCGAUGGGUCUGAGGCACCCUCCGGCCCCGACGCCUCGCCAGAUGCCAGUUUCGGCAAGCAGUGGUCUUCGUCCUCCCGUUCCUCCUACUCAUCCCAGCACGGAGGGGGCGUCUCUCCCCAGAGCUUGUCUGAGUGGCGCAUGCAGAACAUCGCCCGAGACUCUGAGAACAGCUCCGAGGAGGAGUUCUUUGAUGCCCACGAAGGCUUCUCGGACAGUGACGAGGUCUUCCCCAAGGAGAUGACCAAGUGGAACUCCAAUGACUUCAUUGAUGCCUUUGCCUCCCCCGUGGAGGCCGAGGGGACACCAGAACCUGGAACUGAGGCCACCAAAGACAUUGGGGAUGGGGCCCGAGCACCCAGGGACUCAGAGGGCCCAGAUGGAGCCGGGGAGCUGGGAGCCGAGGCAUGCGCAGUCCACGCUCUCUUCCUCAUACUGCACAGCGGCAACAUCCUGGACUCAGGCCCCGGAGAUGCCAACUCCAAGCAGGCGGACGUGCAGACCCUGAGCCUGGCCUUUGAGGCUGUCACACGAAUCCACUUCCCCGAGGCCUUGGGCCACGUGGCACUGCGUCUGGUGCCCUGCCCACCUAUCUGCGCUGCUGCCUAUGCCCUUGUCUCCAACCUGAGCCCCUACAGCCACGACGGUGACGGCCUGUCCCGCUCCCAGGACCACAUUCCCCUGGCUGCCCUGCCACUGCUGGCCACCUCAUCCUCCCGGUACCAGGGCGCGGUGGCCACUGUCAUCGCUCGCACCAACCAGGCCUAUGCUGCCUUCCUGCGCUCCCCUGAGGGUGCCGGCUUCUGCGGGCAGGUGGUGCUGAUUGGGGAUGGCGUCGGCGGGAUCCUGGGCUUUGACGCGCUCUGCCACGGUGCCAGUGCGGGCUCGGGGAGCCGGGGCAGCAGCCGCCGAGGGAGCAUGAACAAUGAGCUGCUCUCCCCGGAGGUCGGCCCAGUGCGGGACCCCCUGGCAGAUGGGGUGGAGGGACUGGGCCGGGCCAGCCCAGAACCCUCAGCCCUGCCUGCCCAGCGCACCCCCAGCGACAUGACCAGUCCUGAGCCCGAGGGUGCUCAGAACAGCCUGCAGGCAGCCCCCGCAACCACCUCCUCUGGGGAGCCCAGGCGGGCAAGCACAGCCUUCUGCCCACCUGCUGCCACUUCUGAGGCUCCUGAUGGCCCCACCAGCGCUGCCCGCCUUGACUUCAAGGUCUCCGGCUUCUUCCUCUUUGGCUCCCCACUGGGCCUGGUGCUGGCUUUGCGCAAAACCGUGAUGCCCGCCUUGGAGGUGGCCCAGAUGCGCCCAGCCUGUGAACAGAUCUACAACCUCUUCCACGCGGCCGACCCCUGCGCCUCCCGCCUUGAGCCCUUGCUGGCCCCCAAGUUCCAAGCUAUCGCCCCACUGGCCGUACCCCGCUACCAGAAGUUCCCCCUGGGAGACGGCUCAUCCCUGCUGUUGGCUGACACUCUGCAGACACACUCAGGCCUCUUUCUGGAAGAGCUGGAAAUGUUGGUGCCCUCAACACCCACCUCUGCCAGCGGUGCCUUCUGGAAGGGCAGUGAGUUAGGCACCGAUCCACCGACCCAGCCAGCUGCCCCCAGCACCACCAGUGAGGUGGUUAAGAUCCUGGAGCGCUGGUGGGGGACCAAGCGGAUUGACUACUCGCUCUACUGCCCCGAGGCGCUCACCGCCUUCCCCACCGUCACGCUGCCCCACCUCUUCCACGCCAGCUACUGGGAGUCGGCUGAUGUGGUGGCCUUCAUCUUGCGCCAGGUGAUCGAGAAGGAGCAGCCACAUAUGACGGAAUGCGAGGAGCCGUCCAUCUACAGCCCGGCCUUCCCCAGAGAGAAGUGGCAGCGCAAACGCACGCAAGUCAAGAUCCGGAACGUCACUUCCAACCACCGGGCAAGCGACACGGUCGUGUGCGAGGGCCGCCCCCAGGUGCUGAACGGGCGCUUCAUGUACGGGCCCCUGGACGUGGUCACGCUUACUGGAGAGAAGGUCAGGACACGGCGGCCUUGGCCCCGGGUACACCCGCCUCCAUCGAGCCGACCUCGCGCCGACGGGGAACUCUCGGUCCCUCCACCCCCGACGACAACCCGCCCAGACCGUCCUCCACUCAGGGUCCGGGGGUGCGCAGGGCUCCAGCCCAUAGGCCCUCUCGCCCGCUCUUCCCACCAGGUGGACGUCUACAUCAUGACGCAGCCGCUGUCGGGCAAGUGGAUCCACUUCGGCACUGAGGUCACCAACAGCUCCGGCCGCCUCACCUUCCCGGUGCCCCUCGAGCGCGCGCUGAGCAUCGGCGUCUACCCGGUGCGCAUGGUGGUCAGGGGCGACCACACGUACGCCGAGUGCUGCCUGACCGUGGUGGCCCGCGGCACUGAGGCCGUGGUCUUCAGCAUCGACGGCUCCUUCACCGCCAGCGUCUCCAUCAUGGGCAGCGACCCGAAGGUGCGCGCCGGCGCCGUGGACGUGGUCAGGCACUGGCAGGACGCCGGCUACCUGAUCGUGUACGUAACGGGCCGGCCCGACAUGCAGAAGCACCGCGUGGUGGCCUGGCUGUCGCAGCACAACUUUCCUCACGGCGUCGUCUCCUUCUGCGAUGGCCUCACCCACGACCCACUGCGCCAGAAGGCGAUGUUUCUGCAGAGCCUGGUGCAGGAGGUGGAACUGAACAUCGUGGCUGGCUAUGGGUCCCCUAAAGACGUGGCCGUCUAUGCGGCGCUGGGCCUGCCCCCGAGCCAGACCUACAUCGUGGGCCGCGCGGUGCGGAAGCUGCAAGCUCAGUGCCAGUUCCUGUCAGAUGGCUACGUGGCCCACCUGGGCCAACUGGAGGCAGGCUCCCACCCUCACGCACCCACAGGACCCUCCAGGGCCGCCCUGGCCAAGAGCAGCUACAGCGGGGCUGCCCCUGUGGACUUCCUCCGCAAGCAGAGCCAGCUGCUGCGCUCCAGGGGCCCCAGUCAGGUGGAGCGCGAGGGCCCAGGGACACCGCCCACCACCCUGGCCAGAGGCAAGGCCCGGAGCAUCAGCCUCAAGCUGGACAGCGAAGAGUGAGGCCCACACUGUGGCUGGCCCUGAGAUAUUUAUUCAUGUACGCGAGGGGCCCGAGUGGCCCGUGCAGGAGGGCUGGGGGCCCAGACCCAUGGCCCCCCAACCCCACACCCUGCAUCUUUGUCUGCCCCUCAGCGUUCCUUCCCUUUCAUGUCAGGGGCACCUAGCCUCGGUGGGGGUUGGAGGGAGCAGCAAGGGCCCAGCGGCUUUUCCAGUUUGUGUAAAUCGAUGAAAAUAAACCACGUGUAACCCACCUGACUGCCCAC